AUGCGUUUUGUCGACCCCGCCCUACCAGUUAGUUUCCUUGUCAAUUGUUCCACUCACCUCCCAAAGCAUUUCGACAUUCCAUUUGUCGUACGCCUGUGCAUUUACUUGCGUGUGUAUGCCGGGCGUCUGCGUGCACUGUGUCCCUCUGACCCGUCUAACUUGCUCAUGCUGCCUGGUGGGAACAAAGACAGGCACAAGCUCAAAGAAGCUCGACCAAGGAUAGAAGGUCUCGUCGAUAAUCUUUUGGGUUCGUGUGACGGCAAUUUGAAACUGGAAGUUGUUCAAUUGGCCGCGGAGUAUGAACAUCGGCUUCAGCUGGGACAAAAACCAAUUUUCCACCUGGAAGCUUUUGUCAUCGCCUUUAUGGUACUGUACAAACGGUUUGUUGAAGAUGCAUUGGGCUCCGGCAUGGAGUGGUAG